AUGUUGGUAGAGCAGCAGCUAAUGAAUGAAUUGCAGAAAAUUUCUGGCCAUCAGUCACAUGACAUCCGUCGAUCCAACAAUGUUGAUCAGUUAUCAGUAGAGCACCAACAGCUGAUGAAUGAAUUGCAGAGAGGUUCUGGCCAUCAGUUACGUGAUUUCCCCCGAUCCAAUAGUGUUGAUCAGAUGUUGUUAGAGCAGCAGCUAAUGAAUGAAUUGCAGAGAAGCUCUGGCCAUCAGUCACGAAAUUUCGCGCCACACAUUGAGCAACUUGCCGCAGGAAAUUUUGGGCAGUCACAUGGAGGCCAUCAGAGGGAGCUACUUGAACAGCUGCUUUCAACGCAAAUGCAAUCUCAAUAUGGACAAAUGCAAUCUCAUUACGGACAAAUGCAAUCCCAGCAUAGACAACUGCAAUCUGAACCAAGCCAUUCUUUGGAAUACCAGCUGCUGCAGCAAGAGCAGUUGAUGCAAUUGGCAAAUGGAGGGAGGCACAAUACACUAUUGGAGGAACAGAGACAUAUUGACCCUCUAUGGCCAUCUGACCAUAAUGAUCAGCUUUUAAGAAGUCAUCCUGGGAUCCACCGUUCGCGCUCUUCUGCAGGAUUCAGACCAUUAGACUUUCAUCAACAGCAGCAGAGGCCACCCUUCGAGGAUCAGCUUGGUCAACUUGAGCAGAACCUUUCAUAUCAGCAACAACUUCGGCAAGAAUUAUUCGAGCAGGGUCUUCCAUUUGAUCCAUCAGCAUCCUUACCUGUUAGUGCAUCGGGGCUGAAUCUAGAUAGACUAAAUAGUCUUGGACUCUCUCAGGGUCUGGAGUUGCGGGAUGCUACUGCUCACAUGCAAUCUUCUGGCAGAUUGGGAAAUUCUACUCCGGGUUUCACUCAUCAGAAUCACCGUUUACCAUUAGGUGAAUCACAUUUUUCACAAUUGGAACCAACGAAGGAGCGCUGGCCUGGAGCAGACACACAGGUAGCUGGUGACUGGGCCGAAUCUCAAUUUCAUAGAUCAAAUAUUGAUGCUGAGCAUCACAAAAUGAGGUCAGAAAUGAGGAGACUGGGUGAGGAUUCCAACUCGUGGAUGGUAGAUGGAUCAACAGACGACAAGUCAAAGCAGCUUUUUAUGGAGUUGAUCCACCAGAGACCCGGCCAUCAAUCUGCUGAGCCACCAAGCAUGAACCGUGGGGAAGCUUAUGACAGGAUGGGUCCUUCAGGCCGCGGCAUUUCAGACCAUGGUGGUGGUAGACUAAACGAUCCAUCUAUUUUUGGGUCGCAGGCGUUUUCUGAUGAACAGGUAAACAGAUUACCACCAGGAGAUGGGAACAAUAUGGGAUCAUUGCACCGUAAUAGUUCCUUGCGUUCUGGAAGUAUCGAUGGUGGGCGGUCAAGUCAGAAUGAAAGUCAAGGCUUGAGUAAUAUGUUAGGUAUGAACAGAGACGCAAAUGAGAUGAAAAGUUGGAACAAUGUGCCACCAAAAAAUGAGGGAAUGGGAAGGAUGUCAUAUGAAGCCCAAGAUAGAAUGGGCAAGCAAGCAGGAAUGGACUCUUUGGUUCAACUUCAGAAAGAGCGUCCUGUUGUUACUCAUGGGCAACAGUCUUCUUUCAAUAUUUCUGACCCAUACGGUGACAACUUGGUUGGAGAAGAUAGAAGAAAGGAUAGGUUGUUGGUAGUGCCAUCACAUGGGCAAGAAUCAGUAUUGCUAAGAAGGCCUCACUCUUCCCAUUCUUCGUCUUCCCAUGAAGGAUUGCCUGACAGGACACCUGAAGGAGGUGGGAGACGAGAAACAGGAGCAGUAGCGGGAAACAAAGGGUCAACGACGGAGGCGUCCUUCAGUGAGAUGUUGAAGAAGACUAGUAGUAGCAGUAGCAUUAGCAUGAAGAAGGUGGCGGCAGAGGCAUCGUCUGAUGCAACAAGCGAAGGAAACAAAGGAGGCGGGAAGAAGAAAGGGAAGAAAGGGAGGCAGCUGGAUCCAGCUCUUCUCGGUUUCAAAGUCGCUAGCAAUCGCAUUCUCAUGGGUGAGAUCCACCGCGCUGAUGACUUUUAA